AUGUCUAGAAGCGACGUUAAGCUCAUUUUGGAGGGGUCUAACGGCCGUCGUACAAAACCGAUUGUAAUUGCAACCGUUGGCGGUGGAACCAGCAAACGGCACAUAACAAUCCGUGCAGACGGCAACAUCGCCAGCUUCAAAGUCGCGAGAUGGAUAGGAGCCCCGAAGCCAAGCGCCGUCAACGCUGCAAAGGUCCACUGCCCCAUGAACUGUCAAGCUUCCGAGUUCGCCCACACAAAAGGGGCUUCGCUGCACCCGGCGCCUUCGUCAAUAUGCACAGCCGCCAUCCUCGAUGGUCUUAUGACUCCCUCAGGAGGCGACCUGGUGGUGACCGCUCGCCUUUCCCAACAGCUGCGACAUUAUCAUCUAUUCCCAUCAGAUUCUAUUGAUCUAAUCGAGACAGCAGUCCGCGUUGUCAACGGAUUCAAAACGGGCGUGUUGCUGCUUGACGGCUGCAAAGAUGUGGAAGGUGCCAACUGCAGCGGAAGUGAGACCGUUCUGGAGGAGUGCGCUGCUGAGAAGCCUCCAGAUACCUGCAUGGAACACACGGACGAUGUGGCUAUCAAGUGCACCAACUUGCUCGCUGGCGUAGAGCCUGAGGCAGGCACUAUUCGUAUCGUGGGUCCCACAGGGACGCCGGCCGUAUCAGGUCUUGGCCGAUUGCAGUUUUUCAACAAAGGCAGAGAGGCCUCUCUUAACCAGUGCCCCCAUGCUGUUGGUGAUGAUAUAUACUGCGUCCAUGCUGAAGACGUGGUGAUUGCAUGCGAAGGAGACGGAGACCCCUCCGGCGUUGGGGCAUUUCACAAAGAGGAAGCAGUUGUUCAAAAGAAGCGGUUCCUUUCCUUGAUUCCUCUCACAUGCUUCGACAGUCUCGAGACGAGGCAUGGAUUAGGCGGCCCACCUGGCACCAUGCAUUUAGUCUCGUGUCCUCCAAAUUGCAGUGGGACAAACACCCAAGAGGGCGGCGAAUGCCUCUUAGUCAUUGGACACGGACAGCACCACUUCUCAGCCUUGGAGGGCCACGGGAUACAGAGCGAAGAAAGCGGCGCCUACCCAAGAUCAUCAGCUGCUGCACCUUCCCCUACAGCCCCUGGCGCUGGCGCUGCUAACAAUGCCCAACGAAGCACAGCAACACAGGGCGGCGCUGUUGCUUCUCCUUUAAAUCGCAAUGCAUUCUUCAACUCUAGCGGGGGCAUGACUCUGCAGGCAACGCGAGGAAAAACACGCUGGACCAGCACCAUUAAAAGGCCAAAAGCUGCGCUGCACAGCGACAACGCAGGCGACGAUGGCGCCGGCACACACCUGCAGUUGUCCUUUCCCUCAGUAGAUGAAGUCCGCAGCCCGUGGACUACAAUAGACGAUCGACGGGGUGUUGCAAGGUUUCACGGGAAUGCGGCGGACUACGUGGAUACCUCCAUUUUGGCUGGUGGCCAUCGCGUGUCAUCAAUAAGGGACUUCACCGUGGCAGUACGCGCCGUGGUCACAGGUACGGGUCGCAUGAUUAUCGGGAGAGCCAGUGCAGCAGAAGCCGAUUACUUUGAAGGGGAUAUUUUGGGCGUUAAAGUGUUCAACCAGGAAGCCCCAGUAACGACGAUACGGGAUGCUUUUGCUCCCGAGACGCUUGCAGCUCAUGCUCCCCAGGCGCCAAGCGAAAGCAGGCGCACAGACGACGGGCGUUUGUGUCUUUCUCCUUGCUCUUUGCAGGGGCCCCUGUGGGCAGCUGCAGCAGCAGCCGCUGCUGCAGCCAAGCCGACAAAGCCCGCAGUAUCAUUGUCUUGCACGGACAGUCUGCGUCGUGCCGACUUUAAUGGACACAUCGGCCAGAAGUUUUUGGCAAUCUGUCCUCCUGACUGUCUGCAUGCCAACGCACCUCUCGAAGGCUGCAAUCUCUUCACCGCCGGGAGCUCCAUUUGCAAAGCUUCUCUGCAUUCAGGUGCAGUGCCGAAGGAAGGGGGUGAGGUGCUGCUGACUGUCACCGAAGGCCUGGAGUUCUACGAUGCCUCUCAGGGGCACUUCGGACUCUUUCGUGCGACACAAAUGCAACUUUCAGUUUAA